UGUAGAUAUUAAUGCUUGGGAGCAGAGCUACAUUCAAUACCGCAUAGAAGUGUAGUUAUGUGAAUAUCUUUAUUUACCGGUAUGCUUCGCUGUUAGCCGUUAGGUUGAAUGAAUCGUUGAGUGAUUGGCCCAUAUUGACCACCGGGGCGAUACAGGCCCAAAGGCUGGGGACCGAUAGCUGAACAGUCGCUGAGCGCCGCCUCUGACGUCCGCUGGACUCUGGACUCUGGCCUCUGGACUCCGGCUCUGCCUGCCUCGGACCGCUGCUCCGCCCAGUAAGUGUGCCUGCGCGGCCGUGCCGUCCGCCCGCACGCCGCCCGCGAUGUCGCUCGGAUCGGGGGCAGACAAGUCGGGCCCGGCGAUGGUGCGCUACUCGACCGGCCAGAUAUGGAUAGGGCGCCUGCUCAAGGUGGUCUAUCGGCUGCUGGGCCUGUUCUCCGACCUGGUCUUCGGCCUGGCGUACAACAAUCGUACUGAGCCGCUGCCGCCCAUCCGCAACAUGGUGCUGCUGGAGAGCGGCGUCAGUCUGGCGCGUAUGAUCCGCAAGGGCAAGCUCAAGAGCGAGGAGGUGGUGCGCUCGUUCAUGGAGCGCAUCCGCGAGGUGAACCCGAUUCUCAACUGCGUCACCGAGGACCGGUUCGAGGAGGCGCUGGCCGAGGCGCGCGGCGUCGACAAGCUGGUGGCGAGCGGCGAGCGCUCGGAGGCCGAACUGGAGCGAGACACGCCCUUCCUGGGCGUACCGUUCACCGCCAAGGACUCGAUCGCCAUCCGCGGCCUGAAGCACACGGCCGGCCUCUGGGCGCGCCGCCACUGCGUGGCCGACGAGGACGCGGCGGUCGUGCGCCAGCUGCGCAAGGCCGGCGCCAUCCCGCUGGCGCACACCAAUGUGCCCGAGCUGUGCAUGUGGUGGGAGACGUCCAACAAGAUCUACGGCCGCUCCUGCAAUCCGUACGUGACGACGCGCAUCACGGGUGGCAGCAGCGGCGGCGAGGCGGCGCUGCUGGCCGCCGCCGGCAGCCCGUUCGGCCUCGGCUCCGACAUCGGCGGCUCCAUCCGCAUGCCCUGCUUCUUCAACGGCAUCUUCGGCCACAAGCCGACGGCCGGUGUGGUGUGCAACGCCGGCCAGCUGCCGCUGGCCACCGGCGAGCUCGACACGUUCCUGGUGACAGGCCCCAUGUGCCGACACGCCGGCGACUUGCUUCCCCUCUACCGCGUGCUGGCCGCGCCCAACCUGCAUCUGCUGGCGCUCGACCGGCGCGCUUCGCCCUCUCAGCUGCGCUUCUUCAUCAUGGAGGAUGACGGCGGCUUCCCCCUCUCGUCGCCGGUGCACGCGGACGUGCGCGGCGGGCUGCAGCGCGCCGCCCGCCUGUUGGAGGGCGCGCACGGCGUGCGCGUGCGUCCGCUCCGACUGCGCGCGCUCUUCCACCAGCUGGAGAUCUGGGCGCACAAGAUGGGCAGCGUGACGGAGGCGCCGUCGUUCGCGGCGGAGCUGCGCGAGCGCUGCGGCGCCGUCCGGCCCGGCUGGGAGCUGUUCAAGUGGUGUCUGAUGCUGUCGGACCACACGCUGCCGGCGCUAUUGCUGGCGCUGACCGAGCGCCGCCUGCCCGCCGACACGGAGAGCAGCCGCGACUUCCUGCGCAUGUGCGAGGCACUCAAGGCCGAGUUUGAGGCGACGCUGGGCGACGAUGGUGUGCUGCUCUACCCGUCGCACCCGACGCCGGCGCCUUACCACCUGCAGCCUCUCUUCAAGGGCUUCAAUUUCGCCUACACGUCGAUCUUCAACGUGCUGGAGCUGCCCGUGAGCCAGGUGCCGCUGGGGUUGGGCUCGUGGGGCGUGCCGGUCGGCGCACAGGUGGUGGCGGCACGCGGCCGCGACCACCUGACGCUGGCCGUGGCCGAGGAGCUGGAGCGCCUGGCCGGCGGCUGGGUCUGUCCCUCCAAGAUCGAGUGAGCCGGCGGGGGUGGAGCGGGAAGCGGGCUAUGGGACCGGGUGAGGUGUCGCCCUCACUAGCUGGAGGCAGGUGCUGGAGGCUCCUGGUCAGAGCGUGGGGCGCUGGAGGAGCGCUCCUGGACCGGGUGCUGACCCAGUGGGCAGGGGAGGGCUGAAUACUGUGCCCUGACGUCUGAGGUGAUCCACCUGUCACCCGCGCUCUCUCCGGGUGGGCAGCACCUCUCCGUGGCGGGUGUCUUGUUGGGGUCGCAGGGCACGGAUAAGCGCUGUCCGCUGACUAACGGAUUUUGUUGUUCCCCCGGACUGUUAGUACACGUAACAUAUCUCGGCUGCACAUUUUGCGGACAGAUGGGAAGGACGAAUGCGUUGUGUGGUGUUGCCGGACGCUUCACGUGCAGCUGCUUCACUUCACAGGCUGAUUCACGUGCAGUUGCUUCACUUCACAGGCCGCUUCACGUGCAGUGGCUCCUCCUCACGGGCUGAUUCACGUGUAGUUACUUUACUCCACAGGCCGAUUCGCGUGCCGCUGCUUCACUUCUCAGGAAGCUUCACGCGCUGGCCAUUUUUUGAACAACUUGGUGUUGUGAUUUCGGAAAUGGUGUUGCGUAGUCUUUUGUUACAUUGUUUAUCCGCGCUCACACCACUCGUCUAUUUUAAGCUGCUCACUCCACUUUGUUGAUUGUAACGUUUGCAAGUGACGAUGACCCAGCGACCUGGGCCAGUACGCUGUAAGGCCCGGGCGUCGCCCAGUGAUGUGAAUCCUGUGAUUCUGAUGAUGGUUACGACGAUGUCCAGAUGAGCAACAGACGCAGGGACUGGUGCCAAGUGUUACGAUACCGUGGGCUGUAAUCACUGCGCGAUCUUCGUAGCUAAGUUCAGAUGAGCGAGUGUGACACGUUAGGGAGGGCUGAGAUGCGCUAGGAGCCGUCGGCUGGGUGAUGCUGCGGAGCGCUGCUUGGAAGCGGUCGAUGGCUGGCCAGGUGGCGCUUGCAGCCAGUGGCUGUGCGUGAUAAGGAUUGGUCCCGAUUGACGGCGGGCUCAUGCUUGUGACGGGUAAUGAUGGCAGGUUUAACAUCACCAACCCCGCCUAGCGCGACAUCAACGCACGGCAGGGGCUUUGUUCAGAAGCAGUCUGUUUGUGGUUUUAUGCCGCACGUUUUUACCGCGCUGUAUAGUGAGUCGGUUUUGUGUGUUGUUGCGAACUUGGCAAUGUCCGUGCGCGUCCGACUGUGCGCCCGCUCCAGCUGGCCCUACUUUCACGUGCACUUACAGCGCGUCAGCUUCGAAGGCCGGAGCGAUGCCUGAACUGCCUCUCGCAAGCCAUAGCUCACCUGGCCACAUCCUCUGCACCAGAGCGAGCGCUGUUUGAGCCAAUAAAGCCCCACUGUCA